AUGCCUGCCAUAGUCAACCUCCUUUUUAACGUUGUCUCCACCAACACCACCAUCUCCUUCUCCGUGGUGCUGCCCAUGGUCAGCCUGGUCUCUCUUGUGGUGGGAGUUGGAGGUCACCUCCUGCUGUGGCUGGUGCUGGUGAGGAACCCUCGCAGUCGCUCCAAGCCCAGCUCCGUCCUGCUCCUCAACCUCAGCCUGGCAGACCUGGGCGCCCUGCUCACCCUGCCCUGUGUCCUUCUGAGUGCCAGUUUCCAGAACUGGCAGCUUGGUGGUGGGACCUGCGUCCUCCUGGGGUUCACGACUUCAGUGACAGUGGGAGUGGAGAUCUUCAGCCUGGCGGCGUAUUCGGUGCUAAGGUAUCGCAUCGUUGCUCCCCGGAUGAGACCGCCUGCUAGCCUGACACAAGUGUUAUGCACUGUUGUAGCCAUUUGGCUGGUCUCAGUAGCCAUGGCAUUACCCAAGGUCACCUACAUCAACUUUGACGGGGGUUGCACAUGGGCAGUGAGCCGCAACGAGUGGCUGUUAUUCCUAGUUCCUGCCUUCCUGGUUUAUUAUGUUGCCCCUCUCUUCUGUAUUGCUGUCAACUGUGGCCUCAUCAUAUCUCACCUCCAUGGCUGCAGGGGUACUCUGGCCGCCGACAGGCGCAACAAGAAAGCUACCGCUCUGCUGAUUGGUUCAACACUGGGAGGAAAAAACAAGGGUGUCUUUGAUGUGGGAGGUGGCAUCCCUGACAGCCAUUUUGUUGGUGUGUCUGGCUCCAUGCUGGAACCCGCCACUGUACUUCCUGUUGUCACGCCCAGCUGUACGGCAGCUCCGAGCUCUGCUGCCUUCCUUCGUCCACAAGCACUUGGGAAAAAAACGUGUGCAGCGCUGGCGUAUUGCUCCUGCUCCUCCCCCACGCCUGCCACACCCUCAGCCGCCUGA